AAGGAGGAUGAACGGGGAGACCAGACGCCAGCAGCUGUAUGAGUGAGUAACUGCAGGCAGGCAGGCAGAGGCUGGAAGUGAAUGAAGAAAGAGAGGAUGAUAUCUUAAUUAUAGGUUUCUAUAAUUGUGUCCUGACCAGGCUUCUAGGUAUUUGCUUUACAAAACCAACAGUUUUGGUUUGUGGUUGUUUGUCUUGUGAGAAGAGACUGUAGAUUAAAUCCGAGAAAAGCUGGAUUUUCUUAUCAUUUUACCUGGAAAUCUUUUUUGUUUUCACUUGUAAUUUAAGACAUUUUUCGGUCUUGUUUCAAGUCAGUUUAUUGCCUUUAUCUGACAGACGGGAUAUUUUUCUCUUGUAUUUUAAAAUCAGUUUUAAAGCCAGUUUGAAGUUAUUCACAGUUAAGAGCAGAGAUUUUUUUUGUUUUUUGAAAUGUUAGCUUAGCCAGUAGACAGAAUAUUAUUAUUAUUUCACAUCAUCAUGCUGCUGGCUCUGCUUCUGGUUCUGAGUCUUUGCUCGGAGGCUCUCUCCUCUGAGUCGUCAUCAAUAACUAUCCAGUACCGCAUCUGGGAGGAGCAGCCAGCGGGAACCCAGGUCGGCCGGCUGGUGGACGACCUCCGACAGAGGGAUGAAGGCGGCCUGCUGGAGGAUUUCCAGGUGGUGGAGCAGGGACAAGCCCUUCCUUUCUCUGUUACCACUCGGGAAGGGAUCGUCUCCACCCAGGGCCACCUGGACAGGGAAGAGUUGUGCCGGGGUUCGGACCUGUGCGAGGUGGCCUUUAGCGUCCUGUACAGAAAAAGUGGAUAUGUGAACUGCCUGCGGGUUCGUGUGGAGGUGAUGGACUUGAACGACCACAGUCCAAGCUUUCCCGGCACUCUGCAAGAAGUGGAGAUCUCAGAGACCGCCAGCCUCAGGAUGCGAAUCCCUUUGGACCGGGCAGUGGAUCCUGAUGCCGGACCCAACGGCCUCCAGACCUACUCGCUGUCUGUCAACCAACACUUUGCUCUGGAUGUGACUGUUGGUCCAGGUGGGACAAAACAGGCAGAGCUGGUGGUUAUUAAAGAGCUGGACAGGGAGGUUCAGGCCUCCUUUGACCUCAACCUGGUUGCUUGGGAUAAAGGGAACCCACCCAAGUCUGGGAGCACAUUAGUCCGAGUUAAUAUUCAGGACUCAAACGAUAAUAGCCCCACGUUUGAGGACAGUAGUCCCACUGUGGAACUACCUGAGGAUACAGCUAUUGGGACAACCAUUAUCAAGCUGAAAGCCACUGAUCCAGACCAGGGCGCCAACGGAGAGGUGGAGUACUCAUUUAGCAAACACACACGUCCAGAUGUUCAGAAGCUCUUUAAUGUGGAUCGAAAAACUGGAGCUGUGAGUCUCAGGGCACCUCUGGAUUAUGAGGCUCAGUCUUCUUAUGAAGUGAUCAUACUGGCCAGUGAUCGUGGGCCCAAUGCAAUCCCCUCUCACUGCAAACUACAUGUCAAGCUUAUAGAUGUUAACGACAAUGCGCCAAGGAUACGCAUGACCUGGACGCCACCCAACUCACCCGUUGCGACAGUGCUGGAAGGAGCACCGGUGGACACUUUUCUUGCCCUGGUGACGGUCUCUGAUGCAGAUUCAGGAAGGAAUGGACAAGUGAAUGCACUCAUUAAGGAAGGGUCUGGCCCUUUCCACCUUAAACAGAUCCACGGCCACAAUUACAUGAUCGUUACCGAUGGCUACCUGGAUCGAGAGAAGAUCAUGCAGUAUAACAUCACACUCCUCGCUCGGGAUAAAGGAACUCCUUCUUUGUCUUGUCUUGAACACCUGCCUGUCCACGUUUUGGACGAGAACGACAAUUCCCCGGUGUUCUCCACCUCCGUCUACAAGGCCUCCUUCAAGGAGAACAACGUGGCAGGCUACCACGCUCUCAAAGUUGAAGCCCACGACGUUGACCAGGACCUCAGCGGAAGAGUGUCCUAUUUUAUGAGCAACUCCAUCGACCAGGAGGCUAAAACACAGUCUUUCUCAAUUCACCCCAAAACAGGUGUCAUAAGCGUGCAGGAACCUUUAGACUAUGAGGAAUCUCAUGCCUACUCUUUCACUGUGGAGGCCGUUGACCACGGACAUCCACCGCUAACAAGCACGACCACUGUGGAGAUCAACAUUGAGGACAUAAAUGACAACUACCCGGUCAUCAAGGAGCCAAAACCAAGGAAGGGUGUCGCUUCCCUGAGUGUACCUGUCAACGCAUACAAAGGGGAGAUUGUAACCGAGCUGGGAAAUGACAUGGAAGAGGGACCCACCACUUUAUCAUUUGAUCGCUCAGUCAGAGAGGGGUUUGCUGGAUUCCUUGCAUCCACGAUAAAGGCUGAAGAUGAAGACUCAGGCCUAAAUGGAGAACUCCAGUACCUCAUAACCAAUGGAAACCAACAUGAACUCUUCUCUCUGGAUCAGGCUACAGGUCAGCUUUUUGUUAACACGACUAAUGCUACUGAGCUCAUUGGGAAAACCUUUAAGGUGGACAUUUCGGUAUCUGACAUGGGCACUCCCAGCCUGACCACAAAGGCAACUCUAGAGGUGACUUUCAUCAACCUCAAGGACCAUCUGAAGAAUUCGUCACCAGGAAACCGUGGGCAACUCAGCUUCACCAUGAUGAUGGCAAUCUGCCUGGGUGCUACGUGCCUGCUUCUCCUGCUCGCCAUCGCUUUGGUGACUACAUUCUGUCGCCCUGAGAAACGGGACAACCGGGCCUACAACUGCAGACAGGCUGAGUCAAGCUACACCCGCCAUCCUCGGCGUCCUCAGAAGAACAUCAGAAAAUCGGACAUUCAGCUCAUUCCCGUCAUCCGGGGGCGAAAGGAAGACCGCCCCGAGGACACUGGCGAAGCCCAGCCACUGACUCCACCUUCAGUCUCAGAGGAUCUACAAACUGAGAGGCAGUAUAACUUAAUCCCAUCAGUUAUGAACACAAGCUUCCAUUCCCAAGGCUACAUAGAAGGUGAUGCAUCUCCAGCUGUCCCCCAUCACUGCAAAACACUCAGGAAACCUGGAAACAUUGAACUUGAUGGUGCUUUACCUCUGACGCCAGCCACGUCAUACCGGACUCUUCGCAAAGCCAGAAACGCCUCGUCGUCUUCCUCGGCCUCACAUUCAAGCACCUUGAAGCGCCAGCAUGAUGGUAAAGAAGCAGAGCUGCCUCUAUCGCCGUCACAGGCGACUCUCAGGAGGCCAAAGACCUCAGACGGACGAGGACCACGUGACGCAGAGCACCGGCAGAUGCUUCGGAAUCUGGUUCGCCUGUCCAUGGCUGCAUUUGGAGACUCCAUCGAGCUUUCCUCAGCUUCCCCAGAGGUGCAGCAGAUCUCCCAGCUCCUCUCUCUCCUCCGUCAGGGUCAGCUGCAGCCGAGGCCAAACUUCAGAGGAAACAAAUACUCUCAUCGCACCGGCAGAUAUGGAGGUCAGGACUGUUCUGACUGGCAGAGCACCAAAGACAGCGGACACGGUGAGAGCGAGGCUGGAGACGUGGACUGGGAACCGGGAAGAGACUCUCCCAUCGACCUGCAGCUGGAGGAAGGCCUCAGCAACCUGCUCAGCAACUCCGAUGAUGUCUUCUCAGAGAUCAGCGACCCUGCCUGGAUGGCCAGACUCUCUCUGCCGCUCACUGGCGAUUACCACGACAAUGUGUUCGUCCCCAACGGCCCUCCGUCCCCUGAAGGUGAGGUCCUUCCCCGGGACGGCCUGGACUCCUCCUCCUCCUCCUUCUCCACCUUCGGUAAAACCCCGGAGAAGGACGGCCCGCUGGGUGGAGCUUUGCUGUCUGAGGUCAGCACACUGUUUGAGAUGCUGAUGACGCAGAAGGCCGACGCCCAUCCCGGCCCUCGGCCCGACGUCCUGUAUCGACUCUCGGCUGCGUACCGCCGCUCUCUGGGCCUGGAUGCUGCUGCUGGCGCCAUGGCGACGGCUGCAGGCGUCUCACCAAAGAAGUGUGGGAAUGCUGAGAAACAGUCGGGCCUGACCGCGCCCUCAGGACUCCACCAAUAAGUGUAACAUCUGUUCAGUGAACACUGGAAAAGACUGAGAGCAGAGCGAGUCUCUGUGUUUGAGGAGAAUGUAGAUAAAAUAUAUGAUUUAGACUGUAAAUAAGAUGAGGAUGAAUGAAGUCUUACUGACGACAAGUCUGACAUUCAGAUGGUGGAAUAAACAGCAGGACUGAGCAGCUGUCAGACGAAUCCACAUACAGCAUUUUACUGUCUCCACAGAUCGCAUUGUUUGUGCUCUAUUACACUGUUUUGUUCGACAAUGUUGUUUCCCAAACUAGCAUGACCAGACACAUUAAUGAGGAACACAGCAAGGUGCAGUCAACCAGAAUUGCCCUUUAGGAAAGAUAAAUAUGAAGUAUCUCCUCGUUUGCACAAACAAAACCAAAGAUCAGGGAAAAUAUACAAGUUGAACAUUAAAUAUUCUGUCAAGUUUAACCCUUUGAACUCUAAGAAUAAUGUGAUUUUCGUCAAAAUCUCAGGCCAUUAGCCAAAAAUCAACCACUGAAAAGAGAUCCUGUGAAAACCAAAAACAAUAUCUGUGUUCUGUGACGCAAAUGAGAAACUAUGACCGAAUCACAAAAGAGUUUUCAGGUAUGUCAAAGUCUGAGAGGAAAUUUAAACACAGCAGAUCAAUACAACAAAUGCUACACGGCUCAAAAAUGAUGAGCAAGUUGUUUAAGGACACCUUCAGCAUGGUGAAACAUCUAUUUAGAGUUAAUGUACAGAGUAGUAGGAAAAGACAAGUUUGCAGAGGCUGUAGAAGGUAGAAACAGUCUCAGUCAGUCAGUCUAUGAUGGAAAAAUGUUGAACAUACAGCAAAAAAAUGAGCUCGCAGUGAGGAAAAAUGUGAAAAAAGCAUCCAGAACUGCUGGAUUACGCUUUGCAAAACUAUCCUCUGACAGGACGAACGCAAAAAUCCAGACGCAGAGUUCUUCACUCCCAAGUUCUUUACAAUCUGACCUUAAUGAGCUACCAGGAUGUGAAACAGAAAAACAAUGCAAGGAAACAGAUCACUCAGGAAACAAACUACCUCUUUGACGCCAAACACGCCCAAAAACUAAAGAGAAGAGGCGAAGGAGAGCCUGCUCAGUUUGAUUCCGUAUGUGGGUCAAUCUUUGUCUUCACCUAUUAUAAUAAUUAUGUCCGUUUGUGACCUUAUGCUACGAAUUUUCGCUUCUCAUUCUUUCCCUGGAGGCGCAGUGCUGCGUUUAGUUGUUCUCCAAGCUGUAAAAAUUUGUGCUUAUGAAUUGUUUUUCAUUGUGAGGAUUAGACAUUGAGGUAUUUUGCUUCGGACCAGUAGGUAGACAGACUGGGGACGUCACCAUCACACCAGUUUAUACACACAACUGUACUGGAACUCACAGAUCCUGUCAAAAGAAAAUGGUGCUACAGUAUAUAAGUCACUUACCUCCAGGUUCAGGAAUAAUGGAACGGAAGAGAGUGCAAGUAAGUCAGACUGAAAGAGGAAGGGGAUCGCUGUUUUUAGACAUUUUCUUUCAUUAUAUUCACUCUAAAGAUGCAAAUAUGGAGAAAAAAAAAGCCUGAUAGCUUAAUAUUUGAUUGGAUCAGUCCACAAAAUUGAAAAAUGUUUCCUUUAUCGCAAGAACGCUGUCGGCAUUGCAGGACGCAUCGAAUAUGACGACAUUAGAAACUUUUUAAGUAGUCUUUGGUGAGUUAUCAGGAACCAGACGACACAUCGAGGGAAUAAAAAUGAGCUGUAGAUUGGGACACCUGCAGGGAAUGUACAAUAGAUCUGGUUGCUUUUUUUUCUUUCUUUUUUUUGUGUUUUUUCCCUGAAAACUUCAUGUUCCUAAUUACUGUUGUUAUGAGGUUAUUAGGGCUCAAAAAUGCUGAAAAAAAGUAAAAAGUGUGAAGUUCUAAACCACCUCUGUACUUCAGUGACCUGUAAACCUGAAACUGUGCAGCGUCAUCAAAUAUACUGACGCUAUUGUAUGAAGGAAGGUUGAUUAACGGGUGAGGAGGGAGGAACUUGUGAAUUUUACAUGUAUAAUCUCACACCUGAAACUUUACAGCAUCUAAACUGUCGUCAGCUCAGGUCAGCUCGGUUUAUUGAACUCCUUUGUUGUUCAGGUUGAAUCCGGCAGAAAGCGAGCCGGCGACCAGGAGGAAGUAUUGUUCUGUGUUUGUUCUUCCCUCAAGAAUGAAAACAACCAGCUGAAGGUGGAAAAGAAAAAGUGUUUGUUUAGUCUGAAGCUCUCCAGCUGUUUCUGAGUUUCCUCUAAAGUUGUUCUGUUUUUGUCCUUUUCAUAACUUUCAGCACUUUGUACAUAAUUAUUGUGAAGCUUUAAAAAAAACAAAAACAAAAAAAAUCAUUUUUUUAAUGCAAAAAAGUCUUUUUUUAUGAAUUGAAAAUAACUUGUAACUUUUUAAAUAAAGAGCAUCGUGUUUAAACUUA